AUGUCGAGUGCAACUUCAAUGCAAGAAUCAUCUUCGGAUGAACGACGUUUUCUUCAUUAUACAAUGAAAAUAACGAAACGUUUAGAAACAAGAAAUUUCUUUUGUAAUAUAUUAGGUAUGAAAAUUUUACGUCAUGAAGAAAUGGAUUCGGGUUGUUCAGCACAAUGCAAUGGUGAUUAUCAAUCUCCAUGGUCAAAAACAGUAGCGGCUUAUGGAGAUGAACAUUCAUUUUUUGCUUUUGAAUUAAAUUUUAAUUAUGAUGUCGAAGGAUAUAAAUAUGGAAAUGAUUUUUCAUCUGUAACAAUACAUAAUCGACAAGCUGUUGCGAAUGCUCGUCAACAUCUUGACAAUCAAUUUAUCGAGAAGGAUAAUCAACAAUCAAUAACAAUUCGUUCACCUGAUGGUCAUCAUUUUAUAUUAAUUGAUGAAGAUGUUCGUCCAGGUGAUGAUCCUGUUCGAUGUUUAUCAUUAAAUGUUUCGAAUUUAACUAAAUCUAUUGAUUAUUAUACACGUUUAUUAAAAAUGAAAAUUAACGAAAAAGAAUCAAAUGAUAAACAUGUUAAACUUUAUUAUGGUUUAACAACAAAUCAAGAAUCACAAGUUCAAACAAAAACAGGUUUUCUUAUUGAUAAACAAUGUCAAUUAGAAUUAAUUGGACUUAAUCAAGCAAUUGAACGAGGUACCGGUUAUGGUCGAAAAGCAUUUUCAUGUCCAAGACAUGAUAUUGAUAUACUACAAAAAAUGAUGGAAAAAGAAGGAUUUACUGUACUUAUACCUGCAAUGGAAUUAGGUGGAUUAUUAGAUUUUAAUAAAGAAAAAAUUGUGAUUUUACAAGAUCCUGAUGGACAUGAAAUAUGUUUUGUUGGUGAAGAAAAUUAUUACAAAGGAUGCGAAACUGAUUGUGAUGCUGAAAAGAAAUUUUUAAAAGGCCUUGAAAAUAAACCUGAUGAUCCAGAUAAAUAUUUAAUCGGUGAAGAUGAAUCAACAAAACGACAUGAAAAAUCAUAG